AUGGCUCGUUUCAUUUCUUUGGUUCCUAUUUUCUUGGUGAUAUUUGCUUCUUCAUUUGUGGCUCAAAUGGAAAGUAGGAAGCUGUUAAUAAACGCAAGAGAAAGCGGUGAAAAUGUUCCUCUAUUGUUGGCAAGCUUGGUGCUCAAUGCCCUUCCCAAGGGUACGGUUCCGAGCAAGAAGGGUCACUCGCCGAAGCUCGAUAACGAGACGCUUUUUGCUCGACACCUUGCCGGAAUUGAUCGGAUUCUUCAGUCUGUUCCAAGCCCUGGCGGUGGCCAUUAG